AUGAUUUUUGACGAUGCGAAAUCAUCGCUCAUUUUCGCGGACCAUUCAAAUUCGUACGCGGACGGCUGCAAUCUCUACUGGUCGUCGCUGAACGUCAUCGGUCCAGAAACGACGUCAUCGAAUAUUGUGAAUCGGCUCAAAACGCCAAUCAAGGCUCGAAAAAUAUUGCACAAUGUGAGCGGAAUGGCGGAAAGCGGAAAACUGUUGGCGAUAAUGGGAAGCAGCGGAGCCGGCAAAACGACACUCCUCAAUGUGCUCACUUCGCGCAAUUUGGACAAUUUGGAUGUUCAGGGAACAAUUCUGCUGGAUGGAAAACGAACGAACAAGUGGAAAAUGAGAGAGAUAUCAGCAUUUGUGCAGCAGCAUGACGUUUUUGUGGGCACAUUGACGGCGAGAGAACAUCUCAAUUUUAUGGCUCGUCUUCGAAUGGGACCACAAUUUUCGAAAUGCGAUCGUGAGCUUCGCGUUGAGACCGUCAUAAAUCAAAUGGGCCUUCAAAAGUGCGCGGACACGAUUAUCGGAAUACCGAAUCAGCUGAAAGGAUUGUCGUGCGGUGAAAAGAAGAGGCUCGCGUUUGCCUCCGAAAUCCUCACGUGCCCAAAAAUUCUAUUUUGCGACGAGCCGACGUCGGGCUUAGACGCAUUCAUGGCAGCAACCGUUGUUCAAGCUCUUCGUCGAUUAGCCGAUGAAGGAAUGACGGUGAUCAUCACGAUCCAUCAGCCGAGCAGUCAGAUCUACUCGCUGUUCCACAAUGUCUGUCUAAUGGCAUGCGGCCGAAUAAUCUAUUUGGGACCCGGCGACCAAGCAGUGUCGUUGUUCGAAAAUUGCGGAUAUCCCUGUCCGCCGUUCUAUAAUCCUGCCGACCAUCUGAUUCGAACUCUAGCCGUAAUCGACAAUGAUCGAGCAACUUCCCUACAAACGAUAGCGAAAAUUCGAAACGGAUUCUAUCGGAGUGAUCUUGGGAAGGAGAUGUUGGCAAUCGGGCAAGCGCAAGUGAAUGAAUCGGCAAGAUCGGACAGUUUCGGAUCCGAACGAACCGCCGCAUUUUUCGCGCAAGAAUACAAAACAUCAUUCUACAAUCAAUUUUGUGCCCUCCUUUGGAGAUCGUGGAUUACGGUUAUCCGCGAUCCGAACCUCCUAUCUGUUCGUCUUUUUCAAGUCGUGAUAACCGCCCUCAUCACUGGAAUCGUCUAUUUUCAGACGCCAAUCACCAGCGCUACGAUAAUUUCCUUGAACGGAAUUCUGUUCAAUCAUAUUCGAAGUUUGAAUUUCAUGCUUCAAUUCCCGAAUGUUCCCGUAAUCACCGCCGAACUUCCGAUAGUUUUGAGGGAAAACGCGAAUGGAAUAUACAAAACGAGUGCCUAUUUCGUUGCGAAAAACGUUGCCGAACUUCCACAGUAUAUCAUUCUGCCAGUUUUGUUCAACUGCAUCGUUUAUUGGAUGUCCGGAUUAUAUCCCAAUUUUUCGAAUUUCUGCUUCGCCUCAUUUAUCGCCAUUUUGAUAACGAAUGUGGCGAUAUCAGUUUCGUACGCGGUUGCCACCAUUUUCGCCAACACUGAUGUCGCAAUGACGAUUCUCCCAAUUUUCGUCGUUCCUGUUAUGGCGUUUGGUGGAUUCUUUAUCAGUUUGAGCACAAUUCCGCCCUAUUUCAUUUGGCUCCGAGAUCUAUCCUACUUCAAAUAUGGAUAUGAAGCGUUGGCAAUUAAUCAAUGGGAAUCGGUGCACGUUAUUCCGGAUUGUUUCAAUUCGACAAUUUCGUGCCCAAAGAGCGGACAAGAAGUUCUUGAACAAAUCGAUUUCGCUGCUGGAAACAAAAUAGAGGAUGCCAUCAUUUUAUUCUUGAUGUUCAUUCUUAUUCGAAUUGUUGCUUUCAUCGCGUUGAUGCUUAGAAGUUUCAGUAGCCAAUAA